AUGGCAGAAAACACAAUUGAUUUUGGAGAGUUAUCGACUGAUGAAAGCUUAAAGAAAUCUGUGACUGAAUUGCAUGACAGUGUGAAGAAAUUUGGUGAUUUUCUACAGCUGGCGUGUGAGAAAGAUGUUUACAGUAAUCUAAGUACAGAGGACCGUGUGAAAUAUGAUUUAUUUCUUUCUUACUCACUCAGUACACUUUUUUGGACCUAUCUGCGAACCCAGGGUCUUGAUCCUACCAAGCAUGCUAUUAAAGGAGAAAUUGAAAGAGUUCGUGGAUAUAAUAUACGAGCACGACAGAUACAUGAAAGGCGUACCAUUAUGCCACGUAUUGACAAGGCGGCAGCAGGUCGCUUCAUCAGAAGUGGCUUGUGGCAGCCAAGGUCUGCUGAAGAACGACAGCAAGAGGAACAACCACCUGAUGAAUCAGUAGACUCUGUUAUGUAA